CUGAGACCGACCGUGACCUCUCAUUCCUCUUUUUUCUCUAAUGACAGGCGUGGGGGGAGAGAUGCCUUUCGAGCCGUGUUAGUUUUUUAAGUAGUGAAAGCCAAGAAAAAAACAAUCUAUAAGAAGAUUUGGUUCGCAUCCAUAGUGAAGAACUUGAUGUUGCAAACCCUUUUCCAUCAGCGUUUGAUAGAUUCUUUGUCCUUCUGCCUUUACACCCCGAGCCAGCUGCAGUCCACUCGAAACCCUGCCCUCUCAGGCCUAUAAUAUGCUCUUCUAAUCUCCCUCCUCCCGCGGUAACCAGACAAAGGUUCUUUGUAUCCUCUUCUGUGCCAAGUAGUUGCGAAGCAUCCUAGUUUCCAGAUAGCUAGAAUGGCGUCGAGACGAAUCAUCAAAGAGCUCAAGGAUUUGCAGAGAGACCCUCCUACAUCUUGCAGUGCAGGUCCGGCGGCUGACGACAUGUUCCACUGGCAAGCUACCAUAAUAGGACCAAACGACAGCCCCUACUCUGGAGGUGUCUUCCUUGUAAAUAUCCACUUUCCACCUGACUAUCCAUUUAAGCCUCCCAAGGUGGCCUUCAAAACCAAGGUCUUCCAUCCAAACAUCAACAGCAAUGGUAACAUAUGCCUGGACAUUCUUAAAGAUCAGUGGAGUCCGGCUCUAACCAUAUCUAAGGUUUUGCUCUCCAUUUGCUCACUGCUCACAGACCCAAACCCAGACGACCCAUUAGUACCAGAGAUCGCCCACAUGUUCAAGGCCGACAGAUUCAAGUACGAAAUGACUGCCCGCAACUGGACCCAGAAGUAUGCCAUGGGCUAAAGCUGGCUUUUUAAAGUUGCUUCGUUCUUGAAAUGAUCCUUACUUAUCUCAGUUCUGAUAUAUUAAUUGUCACCAUCCACUAUUGAGUUAUGGAAUAAGUGGAUGACCUUUUUUAGUGCUCUCGCCUUUUGUUAUCAUACAUGACGUCGGUCUAUUAAUAAGUAGAUGAUACUUCUGAGUGGUCUCAUCACACAUGUUUACAUUUCAUCAAGAUGUGCUUCGUGAUUAACGCA